AUGACCACAGUGAUCAUGUUAACAAAGAUCAUGACCACAGUGAUCACGACCACUGUGAUCAUGGCCACAGUGAUAAAGGCCACAGUGAUCAUGAUCACAGUGAUAAUGGCCAGAGUGAUCAUGACCACAGUGAUCAUUUUAACAAAGAUCAUGAUCACUGUGAUCACGACCACAGAGAUCAUGAUCACAGUGAUCAUGAACCACAGUGUUAAUGGCCCAGUGAUUAUGAUGAUAAAGAUCAUGACGACAGUGAUAAUGGCCACAGUGAUCAUGGCCAAAGUGAUAUUGACAACAAUAAUUAUGACCACAGUGAUCGUGACCUCAGUGAUCAUGACCAAAACGAUAAUGACCAUAAUGAUCAUGACCACAGUGAUCGUGGCCACAGUGAUCAUGACAACAAUCAUUAUAACUACAUUGAUCAUCACCAUAAUUAUCAUAGCCACUGUGAUCAUGACCUCAGUGAUCAUGACCACAGUGAUCAUGACGACAGUGAUCAUGACCAUAAUGAUCAUGACCACAGUGAUCAUGACCAAAUUCAUCAUGUCCACUCUGAUCAUGACCACAGUGAUCAUGACCCACAGCGAUCUUGACCACAGUGAUCAUGAUCAUAAUGACCAUAACCUCAGUGAUCAUGACAACCUUGAACAUGACAACAAUGAUCAUGACCAUAAUGAUCAUGACCACAAUGAUCAUGCCCACAGUGAUCAUAACCUCAGUGAUCAUGACCACAACGAUCAUGAUCAUAAUAAUCAUGACCACAGGGAUCAUAACCGCAGUGAUCAUGACCACAGUGAUAAUGAUCACAAUGAUCAUGACCACAGUGAUUAUGACCACAGUGAUCAUGACAAUAAUGAUCAUGGCCACAGUGAUCAUGAAAACAAUGAUCAUGACCACAAUCAUGACUACAGCGAUCAUAACCACAUUGAUCAUGAAAACAGUAAUCAUGACAACAGUGAUCACAACCACAGGGAUCAUAACCACAGUGAACAUGACUACAGUGAUCAUGACUACAGUGAUAUUGACCUCAAUGAUCAUGAAAACCAUGAUCAUAACCACAGUGAUCAUGACCAAAAUGAUUAUGACCACAGUGAUCAUGACCACAGUGAUCAUGACCACAGCGUUCAUGACCACAGAGAUCAUAACAACAGUGAUCAUUACCACAGUGAUCAUGAAAACAUGAUCAUGAACCAUAGUGAUCAUGACUACAUUCAUCAUAACCACAGUGAUCAUAACCACAGUGGUCAUGACCACAGUGAUCAUGACCACAGUGAUAAUGACUACAGUCAUCAUAACCACAGUGGUCAUAACCACAGUGAUCAUAACCCCAGUGACCAUGACCACAGUGAUCAUGACCACAGUGAUCAUGACUACAGUCAUCAUAACUACAGUGUUCAUGACCACAAUCAUGACUACAGUGAUCAUAACGACAGUGAUCAUGACCACAGUGAUCAUAACCACAGUGAUCAUGAAAACAGUAAUCAUGACAACAGUGAUCACAACCACAGUGAUCAUAACCAUAGUGAUCAUGACUACAGUGAUCAUGACUACAGUGAUAAUGACCUCAAUGAUCAUGAAAACCAUGAUCAUAACCACAGUGAUGAUGACCACGGUGAUUAUGACCACAAAAUCAUGACCACAGUGAUCAUAACCACAGUCAUCAUGAUCCCAGUGAUCAUGACCACAGUGUUCAUGACCACAGUGAUCAUGACCCCAGUGAUCAUGACCCCAGUGAUCAUGACCACUGUGAUCAUGACCACAACGAUCAUGAUCAUAAUAAUCAUGACCAAAGGGAUCAUAAACUACAGUGAUCAUGACCACAGUGGUUAA